AUGGAGAAGGCUGGGGCUCAUUUGAAGGGUGGAGACAAAAGGCUGUGGCGUGAUGGCCGUGGGGCAGCCCAGAACAUCAUCCCUGCAUCCACUGGUGCUACUAAGCCCGUGGACAAGGUCAUCCCAGAGCUGAAUGGGAAGCUCACUGGUAUGGCCUUCGGUGUUCCUACCCCCAAUGUAUCCGUUGUGGAUCUGACAUGCUGCCUGGAGAAACCUGCCAAAUAUGAUGACAUCAAGAACGUGAUGAAGCAGGCAUCUGAGGGCCCACUAAAGGGCAUUCUGAGCUACAAUGAGGACCAGGUUGUCUCUUACAAUUUCAACAGCAGCUCCCACUCUUCUACAUUUGUUACUGGGGCUGACAUUGCUCUCAAUGACAACUUUGUAAAGCUCAUUUCCUGGUAUGACAAUGAAUAUGGCUACAGCAACAGGGUGGUGGACCUCAUGGCCUACAUGGCCUCCAAGGAGUAAGAAACCCUGGACCACCCGCCUCAGUCCAGCAAGGACACUGAGAGCAAGAGAGAGGCCCUCAGUUGCUGAGGA